CCUUAAUCUCACUUUGCUGUUCAUGCUUAGUGGAUCUUUACGGCUCAAGAGUUACAACAAGUCCCAUCCAUUGCUUCUGGAGCCAUGUCAGUUGCCGAAGAGCGCAAACAUCGAAUAUAUGGUUGUACUUUUAUUCAGGCCAUCGGGUGUCGACUUGAAUUAGCACAAUUGACCAUUAGCACUGCAAUGGUAUAUUUUCACCGCUUUUUUGCGCGAGAGUCGUUUACUGUUUAUAAAUACGAGUAUAUUGCUGCUACAUGUGUUUAUCUGGCGUGCAAAGUCGAGGAAUCAUCUCGUAAAGCAAGCGAUGUUGCAACUGCAUGUAUACAAUACCGUCCCAAUCGAGGGAGCAGCGAUGAGGAAAAGGCCAAGAUAAUCCGUGCUAUCCUUUGGCAUGAACAUAUUCUGCUAGACAUAUUGUGUUUUGAUUUCACAGUAGAGCACCCGUAUCGGUUUUUGAUUGACUUUGCCGAGGAAUUAGGAACUUCAGAAACAACUUUACAGGCGGCUUGGGCGUUUGCAAAUGAUAGUUUACGGCUGACAUUAUGUUUGCUGUAUCCGCCUCAUGUAAUUGCAGCUGGAUGUCUUCUACUUGCCUAUCGACUAAACAGCGAGCAGCUACCAAGGGAUGGAGAUUUGGUAGUCAGUCAAGUAGUACAGGUUCUUCGGCAAACCCAAAUCCUUCUCCGAGUAUACGAACGAACGGACACCGACCACAUCAUAGUAAUCACCGCCAUCAACAACACCACCAUAGUAAUAGCUAUCAUUAUCACGAACGACCUCUGACCAACGGUACUAGUAGCAGUAGUAGUAGUCAUAGCCAUAAUCAUAGCAACAGCGCUACCACGGCAACAGCAACAGCAGCAACAUCGUCCCGAAGAUGAGCAUCACCCAAGUUUUAAGCA